AUCUGUGAGUCCAUGCAAGUGGUUUGGAAUUUCAUGCAACAAUGAAGGAAGUGUAAUGGAGUUAAAUCUACCAGAGUCUGCCUUACAAGGUAAGCUUGAUAACUUGAGCUUCCCUUCCUUACCAAAUCUCCAACUUCUAAAUCUCAGCUUCAAUGAACUAGUUGGAACCAUACCUGCAGAUAUUGGUACCUGCUCCAAACUCACCCUCCUUGAUCUCUCUGCAAAUGGAUUCUCUGGUGUCAUACCUUCUUUAAGUAAUUUUAGUAAUAUAAACAUUCUAAAUCUUGGCGACAAUCAAAUUACUGGUCCAAUUCCUUCAGAAAUAGGUGACCUAAAAAAUCUGGUUGAGUUAGACCUUAGUGUUAAUGAACUCACUCAUUCAAUCCCUCCCACUUUAGGUAAUUUAAGCAAUCUAAACCUUCUGUACCUGUACAAGAAUCAAUUAACUGGACCGAUACCUUCAGAAUUAGGGCAAAGAAAAAAUCUGGUUCUGCUGGAAAUGGGAGAAAACACUCUCUCUGGUUCAAUCCCUCAAGCUCUAUGUAAUUUAAGCAAUGUGGAAAUUCUGUUUCUUUUUCAGAAUCAACUAAGUGGUCCAAUCCCUUCAGAAAUAGGGGAUAUGGAGAAUCUGGUUUAUCUGGGGCUAAAUCAGAACAAUCUUACCGGUUCAAUUCCUCCUACCCUAGCUAAUUUAAGCAGCUUAAACACCCUACAGCUCUACCAGAAUCAACUUAGUGGUCCAAUACCUUCAGGAAUAGGGCUUCUAAAAAAUCUGGUUGAUGUGGAAUUAGGUGGGAACAAUCUCAUUGGCUCCAUUCCUCGUACUCUUGCUAAUCUGAGCCAUAUGACUUGGCUACAAUUCUAUAAUAAUCUUCUCAGUGGUCCUGUUCCAAACUUCAAAAAUUGCUCAAAUUUACUGUGGGUUGGACUUCAAAGCAACCAACUUGUAGGAAAUAUAGGUGAUAGCUUUGGAGUACAUCCUGAUCUUUAUUAUAUCAACUUGAGUGACAAUAGAUUUCAUGGGAAUUUGUCGUCGAAUUGGGGAAACUGCUCACACUUGACAGUGAUAAGAUUUUAUGGCAAUAUGAUAAGUGGAAAUAUCCCACCUGAGUUUGGCAACUUACCUCGACUAGGAGUGCUUGACCUUUCUUCAAAUCAGCUAGUUGGAGAGAUACCAAAGGAAUUGAGAAACUUGUCUGCUCUGUUCACCUUGAAUUUGAAUGAAAACCAAAUUUCAGGGCAGAUACCCGUUGAAAUUGGUCAAUUAGUCAACUUGGAGCUCCUCGACCUCUCGUCAAAUGCUCUAAUUGGAUCCAUCCCUGAACAACUUGUUUCUUGCUCCAAACUGAAUUCAUUGAGUUUGAGUAAGAAUUCAUUGACUGGAAGCAUUCCGUAUCAGAUUGGUGGUCUUAUAGCUCUACAAGAUCAUCUAGAUCUCAGUUAUAACUCAAUUGAUGGAGAGAUUCCACCACAGCUUGGAAACUUGAUUAUGUUGGAAAUUUUGAACAUCUCCCAUAAUAAGAUUACAGGGUCAAUACCUUCUUCUCUUAGUGGGAUGGUUAGCUUGUCAACCAUUGAUUUUUCUUACAAUGAGUUGGAAGGCAUGGUUCCCAAUAGCAAAGUAUUUCAAAAUGCUUCACCACAAGCUUUUGCACACAACAAAGGGUUGUGUGGCGAAAUCCAAGGCCUCUUACCAUGCAGUUCAUUCCAUGCUAGCAAAGGAUCAAGUAUAAAGGAGCACAAAGUCAUGAUCUCUGUCAUUAUCUCUAUUACGGCAGUGCUAUUUCUUGCAAUUUUAAUUGUUGCCAUUCUUGUCCUUGUUCGAUAUAAAGCAAAAAUUGAGCAUGCAGAAGUAAAAGCAAAAAGCCAUGGGAAUGUAUUUUCAUUGUGGAAUUUCGAUGGGAGAAUAGCAUAUGAAGACAUUAUUGCAGCAACAGAAGACUUCAAUCUAAAAUAUUGCAUUGGAGCUGGAAGUUAUGGGACUGUUUACAAAGCAGUUCUUCCUGAAGGCGAUGUGGUGGCAUUGAAGAAAUUUCAUCCAUUGGAAGGUGAGGCAUUAGCGGAUGAAAAGAGUUUCAAUAAUGAAAUUAGUGUGUUAAUGGAAAUAAAGCAUCGGAACAUUGUGAAACUUUAUGGGUUUUGUUCUCAUCCAAGAUGCAUGUUUCUGGUUUAUGAGUAUGUGGAAGGAGGAAGCCUAUAUAAUAUCUUGAGUAAUGAAGUGGAAGCUAUGGAAUUGAAUUGGGAGAAGAGAAUGAAUGUCAUUAAAGGUGUGGCCAAUGCUUUGUCCUACAUGCAUCAUGAUUGCAUUCCACCGAUAGUUCACCGGGACAUUUCAAGCAGUAAUGUUUUGUUAGACUCAGAAUUUGAGGCUAUUGUGUCUGAUUUUGGAGUUGCUAGACUAUUAAAGCCUGACUCAUCUAAUUGGACAACACUUCAAGGCACAUAUGGAUAUCUUGCUCCAGAGCUUGCAUACACCAUGGCUAUAACAGAAAAAUGUGAUGUUUAUAGCUUUGGAGUAUUGGCAUUAGAAACAAUAAUGGGACGACAUCCAGGGGAAUUCAUCUCUUCUUUAACAUCACCAGUUGGCCAAAUUAUACUAUUGAAGGAUGUGUUAGACUCACGUCUCCCAUUCCCAAGUGAUAGUAAGAUUGCACAGGACAUAGUCACUACCGUGACAGUAGCUCUUGCAUGCUUAAACAUCAACUCGCUAUCCCGGCCAAGCACAAAGGAAGUGUCAAAGGAGCUACAUACUCAUCAGCCACUCUUUAAUGAGUCCUUUUCUGCACUUACACUAGGUCAGCUGAAGAAUCUCAAAAAUGGUUAAGUG